AUGUCUCCAGUGCUGAUAGCAUUUGGGAUCAUUUUCAUUUGCAUCGGAAGCGUUCUCUUGCAUGUGUCGCUCGAUACACCUGAGUUCUCGCUAGACUACACCCACUGUGUAGCGCACCAGGAUCACCUGAACAGAAGUUGUGCAGAAAUCCUUAGCUGGCAACAUGGUGGCACGUGUGAGUGUAUCGUCGAGAUCACCCUCGAGCAGCACUUUCCGCGGGAUGUGUUCUUCUACUACGGCUUAGAGAACUUCCACCAAAACCACCGGAUGUUUGUGAGGUCCCGUGACGAUGGCCAGCUACGUGGGAACAUUGAUAAAGAUCCAUCACCAUACUGCGACCCGUAUCGCUACACAGAGCACAACAAUCAAACGCGCCCUGUGGCACCGUGCGGUUUGAUCGCGAAUGCUAUCUUCAACGAUUCGUUCAGCCUGCAUCAGCUUCCUUCACGACGGCUUGUGCCACUUGUCGGUGGAGGAUCCGUUUGGGCGCAUGAACGUGAGCUUAAAUUUCGAAACCCACCGGAUGUGGAUCUGCGGGAAGCGUUGGAAGCCCACAACAUCUCUCGACCACCGUCCUGGUCGAGGGAACUCUGGGAGCUAGAUCCCGCCAAUCCCGAGAACAAUGGCUUCCAGAACGAGGACCUCAUCAACUGGAUGCGUUCGGCGGCUUUGCCCAGCUUCCAGCGAACAGACAAGUUGCCGGAUACGCGCUAUGGUGCCCGUAAUUCACCGCUUCAGGUGCUGCGCGCCUGA